GGGGGGCUUUUACUUCAGUCAGUGUAGUAUUCACACCAAAGGUCAUGUAUAUUACCCAUUUGGGGUCAUAUUCAAUUAUUCAUUUAUGACCAUAUAUGCCCCCCCUCCUUUUUUCACUAGUGUUUGCGGCUCCUACAAUAAUUAAUAAAUAAAUGAUAGCCUAAUCCAUGCAGAUGAAUCAUGACAAAUUGUUCUCAUAAUGUUUGAACUUUGAAGCAUCAUCCAAAAUCUAAGCAACUACCACUAAAGUGCGCAACCCUGUAUAAGGAGCUAACUGAACAAUUGGGGGGUGUAAAGUUUGCAAAACCACACAAUUGUUACUCAGGUUUUCAUAAUCCUAUCACAACUUGACAAAUUGUAUGAAAUUUUAGCCUAGUGUUAUAACUAACUGUCGGACAAUGGAAUUUAUAAUCCAAACCUCUGGAAAAUGUAACUGGAUGCAUCUAGAAGCAAUAACUGAGACAUAGUACUUUACUAUUUUGUAGAGUGGUCAGUUUAAGUGGGGCUUCUUAAUCAAACAGCCAUCAAUCAAACAAUUUUAGUAAAUUUUAUGUGCAGAGCAUCAUUCUCUGAAAUUGACAGUGCUUCAGCAUUUAAGAACCAGCGUGCUUCGUUGGGGGGUUAUCAACUUGUUUACGUGUGUGAUCCACUUAAAGAAAUAUCGUACUGAGACAAAAGCAUAGACAAAUGGCAAAAUGGUAGACAUUCCACCUUCAAUUUGCCCACCUGAUUAGAUUUUGAAAUGAAUACCCAACCAAACUGUUGUUUCUACCUAUAUGUUUUUAUCUAUGUAAACUUAUAUCUGAGACUCCUAGUAUCUACUUAUUCCCAACCCAUUUAGAUUCAGACUGGAAAGUCCUCUGAGCUUUUUACUUAAUCAAUCAUACCCUACCAAUCCUAAAUACCUUUCCGAUUUGGACAUUUAUAUAUACCACCAGCAUAAUCUCAGUCAAGAAAACCUUAGUCAUCACAUAUCAACAAAAGAGAGAGAUCAAAAUGAAGGUAUGUGUCUAACCUAUGUCAAAUUAGCAUGGAACAUUUCCUUCAAUCCUUCAGCUUCAUCAUCAUCAUCAUUUUCCUUGUUGCAGAUAUUCCAGUGGGUGCAUCGAAAGCUUCGGCAGAAUAGUAUUGAUCCUUUCAAGGAUUUCACACUUGCAAACCCUUGUAGUUGUCUUACACCACAGCCAACAUGUGACAACCAAUACUCCCACAUGAUGCCAAGCUUUGGCUCCAUGAAUCAACCCGGCUUCUUAAAGCCACACCAUCAAGAAAGUCUGACAUCUUAUUCGGGGCUUGAUGUUGAAGGGGAGUCCAAACAAGAAACACCUGCAGCCAUCUCCGAGCUCUUUGAAGGCUUUCUAACAAUUGGAACUCUUGGCAUAGAAACAGUCAACAAUGAACCAGCAACACCAACAUUUCCCAUGCCUAUUGAAGACAUAACUAUGAACAAUGCAGAGGUGACGGAAAAUGAUCUGAAGCUCAUUAGUUAUGAGCUUGAGAAAUUUCUUGAGGCUGAAAAGGAAGAAAGUUUCUACGAAUCUUCAGGAAGAAACAGCCAAGUAAGCACUAUCACACUUAGUAGCAAGCAAAUAGAUGGAUCUGAAGCUGAAGACAAUGCAAACAAAGCUGUGUGUCCACUGCAAGGAUAUUUAUUGGGGUCAUCACUUGAACUUCCAGAGACAACAGAAGUGAAGAAAGAGAGGGCAUCACUUGCCGAGCUAUUUCGUAGGACAAAGACAAGUCAAGAAUCUAUAGAGACAGGAGAAAAAGGAGAAACACAAAUCAAGCAAACACAAAAGUCUGCCAUGCAUAUUAUGAGAAAGAUGUUGAAAAAAGUCCAUGUCUCUUCAAAAAGCUGUAAUACUGCUGCAAGGGAUGAUGCCGCCUCUACUUCAACCAAUAAAAAGCUCCAUAAGGUUCUACGAAUGUUUCACAGAAAAGUCUAUCCUGAGAACACCGUAACUGCAAAGGAUUUUGCUAAACCCAACAAAGAUAAGAUUAAGGAUGCUUCUCAUGACUGCUGCCAUGAAUAUCAGAACAGAGACCCCACAAACCCAGACAAAGGCAGAAGAGUUAAUUCGGACACCAAGUCAACAAAGUCUUCCCGAAACUGUGAGCCCAUCUGGAACCCGCCACAAGAUGGGCUUAGUUGCAGUACUUCAACUGCAAACAAUGAGCACUGGAUCAAAACAGAUGCAGAGUACUUGGUGCUGGAGCUGUAGCUACCUAAGCUGUGAGAAAGUGCAAGGCAUUGACAUUGAGCCUCUAUAAUAGACUUGUAAAAUCUACUCUUUCAUAAUACUAUGAUGAUCUUAUAUGUGUACUUCCAAGUGGAAGUGAUGCUGCAUUAAGGUUGUGAGUUUCAUGUAUGCAUACUUUAUAUGUAGACAUCAGUUACUUCUACUAUUUUCUUAUUGGUUCUCAUGAAUCAUUCUUCCAUCAAAUUCAAGAAAGGCAACUCAUAAUUACAAAGUUUGUUCAGUGCCUAUUAUGUCUGCAUUUUAUCCCAGCUUUAGUAUCGAAGUGGUCAAUCUCGGAUAGUGGUGCAGAGUGGCUGGCCCCAAAAUGCCACCAUGGGAUAGUAAAUUCUGGGAUAGCCACUAUUUCAAGAAAAACAGAAAAUAAUGUGUAUGCUCACAAUUGAUACAUUCUUUGUUAUAAAUCAUAAGUCAUAGUCUGUGCUUUAAACUCAUAAUAAACAAUUAAUCCAAUGUACAAGUAUAAACAACAAUCCAAUAAAAUAAAAGUCAACCAUCAUAGGGGAAAAGGA